AUGGCUGAUUUCCAUGGCUACUUCAUCCUCUUUCUCAUAUGGCUGAUCUCAACCAUCUUCAUCCGCUCAUUCUUAAAAUCUAUUCGUGCUAAAAAACUUAAUCUUCCACCAACCCCCUUUGCCCUUCCAAUCAUUGGACACCUGCAUCUCCUUGCUCCAAUCCCUCAUCAAGCUUUUCACAAGAUUUCUCUCAAAUAUGGGCCAGUUUUUCGCCUCUUUCUUGGCUCUAUACCUUGUGUUGUUACUGGUUCACCAGAAGUGGCAAAAGAAUUCCUUAAAACCUAUGAAAAUGCGUAUUUAGAUCGACCCCAAAACUCGGCUGUGGCUUAUUUAACUUAUGGAUCAAAAGAUUUCUCCUUUGCUCCUUAUGGAUCAUACUGGAAGUUCAUGAAGAAGAUAGUCAUGUCACAGCUCCUAAAUGGCACAACACUAGACUUGCUUCUUCCAGUUAGGCAAGAUGAGAUAAAUCGUUUUAUUAAAUCGUUAGAAAGAAAGGCAAAAGCUGGGCAUGCGGUGGAUCUUGAUGUGGAGCUCGUGAAGAUGACAAACAAUGUCAUAUCAAGAAUGCUUAUGACAGAAAGGUGUUCAGAGGAAGAGGAUGAAGCCGGGGAAAUGAAGAAAUUGGUGACUGAAAUCGCUGAGAUUACUGGUAAAUUCAAUCUCUCGGACUACAUUUGGAUCUUUAAGAAUCUAGACUUGCAGGGUUUUGGGAAACAACUGAAAGGGAUUCAUGGAAGAUUCGAUGCAUUGAUUGAGAGGAUCAUGAAAGAGCAUGAAGAGGCAAGAAAACAGAAGAUAGGAGUAGUGAAGGAUUUGCUCCACAUGUUACUUGAUGUUGCAGAAGACCAAAGUAUGGAGAUAAAGCUGACCAGAGAGAACAUCAAAGCCUUCAUUCUGGAUAUAUUUGCUGCAGGAACAGACACUUCGGCAAUUACCACAGAAUGGGCUUUAGCAGAACUCAUCAACCAUCCAAACAUCAUGAAGAAAGCAGUAGAAGAAAUCGAGAAAGUUGUGGGAAAAGACAGACUUUUACAAGAAUCAGACAUACCAAACCUUCCUUACCUUCAAGCAAUCUUGAAGGAAACCCUACGACUCCACCCCACAGGCCCAAUGAUUCUAAGACAAUCAACAGGAGAUUGCACGAUAGCAGGUUACCAUAUUCCAGCAAACACUACUAUAUUUGUGAACGUGUGGGCCCUUGGUAGAGACCCAAACCAUUGGGAAAACGCUCUUGAAUUCAGGCCAGAACGAUUUGAAGAGUGCCACUUGGAUGUGAGAGGACAACACUUUCACAUGCUGCCAUUUGGGAGCGGGAGGAGGAUGUGUCCUGGGACUUCACUAGCGUUGCAGGUGAUACAUGCAACUCUUGGUUGUAUGAUUCAGUGCUUUGAGUGGAAGGCUGGAGAAGAUGGGAAGCUUGUUAGGGUGGAUAUGGAAGAAGGAGUUGGGAUCACACUUCCUAGGGCUAACCCUUUGGUUUGUCUUCCAGUAGCUCGGCUAAAUCCAAUCCCAUUGUCAAUCUAA